GUUGACAGUUAAAAUGAGUGAUCAAACUUAACUAAAGCCCCAAAAAGAGCGAGUAUGCGUAUAAAACCUUUUGGAUUUCUAGUGGUUUUAGUAAACAUAGUUUUACUUUAUUCAACCUGGCGUCUGUUCGCAAAUUUUAUCAUAUUUUCUACUCCCGAUAAAGAAAAUUCUCACAUAACCUCAAAGUCGAACGUGCAAGACUUGGGUGAUCUCGUAACAAUAAUAAUAAGAGAUUUUCAACUGGAUAGAAACGAUGUUAUCCCGACUAUUUACUCUUUUACGAAAAUCUACCCCAACGUUAAAGUCUACGUUAUCUCAGAUGAGGCACCGUACCCACCUUUGGAGAUUGACGAUAACAUAAACAUGACUAACAUUAAAAUAUUGAGUUUAAAACCGUCGUUAAGCGUUUCAUAUAAAGAUAAGUAUCCCAUUUUUGAGAUUGAUACAAAGUAUGUUUUAUUUUUACCUGAUUCCACUCGAUUACCUCAUAGGGAUAUUUUAGAAUACAUUUUACAUGAAACUAAUAAGCCCAAUGCCAUUUUGGCUAUUCCUGUUACUUACACCGAUUUAAAAUGUUUUAAUGUUAGUCAUGAAACUAAAUUGUGGAUGGUUCGACUUGAUAUGAUCAAAGGGUAUCAAUGUGGGCUGGUUUCUGGGAAACAUGCCACUAUUUUGAAUAGUGGAAUUUUAAAUGAAUUGCCAAAUGCUCUUUUGGCACCAUUUCCAUUAUCUUUAUAUCUACAAACAUCAUAUUUAAAUUAUAGUGUUAAAAUUUUACAAGGUGUCAUUUUUCAAGAUGGUAAACCUCCGUUAGAGAAUCGUCAUGUUCAAUGGAUGAGAAGACUUGAAGAAGAAGCAUUAAAAAAUUUAUAUCGUUCCUUUAAAAUAAAAUUAGUUAAAGAAGACGAAACAGAACAAUGGUAUGGGUGUACUAAAAAUACAUCCCGUUGCUUUCCUCCAGUUGUUUCUUCAUUACCAUCAUAUUUAAUUGAAAAAAAAUUAACUCCUCCAUGUUGUAUGUCAAAUUUACGUAAAACCGCUUUACAUGUUUUUAAGAAUCUUGAAGAUUGUGGUAUAAGAUAUUGGUUGGAAGGCGGUAGUUUAUUGGGGGCUAUGAAACAUGGUGAUAUUCUUCCAUGGGAUUACGACGUUGAUGUAGGGGUCAAUAGGGAUGAUCUAUCUAGAUGUGUUUGGUUGGAAAGAGCGAAAUUUAAACCUGUGGUUGAUUUGAAAGGUUUUUAUUGGGAAAAAGCUGGGGAGGGGAACUAUUUUCGCGUUCAUUAUAGUAAAAAGAAUCGAAUUUUUGUGAACAUAUUUCCGUUUUAUGCUAAAAAUGGAACAAUGUCUUUAGACGGUUGGAACUUGAAUCGUAAACGAAUGGAAUUUCCCGAUCAUUUUUUGCAUCCCAUGUCGAGUAUUAGUUUUUGUGGCCGAAACGUACCGAGUCCUAAUAAUAUAAGAGAUUUUUUAGAGUUAAAGUUUGGUAGAGGGUCAAUUGAAAAUGCCCAAUAUCCUGAUUUAAAUGUUAUGCAUUUUCCGUAAAAAAAAAAUUACAUAAAGAAUAGUUUGCUCUUAGAUUUUUAGAUCGAUCUUUCGAAAAUAACGAUCUUAACAUGUGUUAUUUCCUGUGAUAAAAAAUGAAUAAUAUAAGUUACAUUUUUUGUGCCAAAACGUUCAAAUAUAUUGUGAUUUGAUCAGUAUUAUUUACUUGCUCAUUUGAAGAGAACCAUUUUUAUUGUAGGUUUUUAAAAAAAUACGCUUGUUAUUAGAGUGAAGAAAACUAUAGACGUUAUUAUCUAUAUGUCUUUAUUAAAUGUUAUUAGAUUAUAAAAAGAAAAUAUACAAAAAAUAUUUGAGUUGUAGGGUACUCUCUUGUACACUUAAUAUUGUUGUAAAUAAAUAUUAUUAUGCAGAUGAUG